AUGGGUAACGCCACUGACGACUACCCUGUCAAUGGUAAAGUGCUAUACGAUACUACUGGAACCGCCAACGACAGCGACACUUCAGUCAACAGCUCCGGUACCAAAGGAAAAGAUGGCACGACUUUCGUCUCUACCGGCCUUGGGAAGGAUCACUACAGACCUGUAGAGUCUUACGAAGGUAUCCAUCGCUAUGAUCCGGACUUUGUAUGGGAAAAGACAGAGGAGAAGCGUCUCGUGCGGAAGAUCGAUAAACGCAUUUGUACCUGGGCUUGCUUGAUGUUCUUCGCAUUGCAACUCGAUCGAGGCAAUAUCUCCCAAGCUCUCAGUGAUAACAUGCUUGACGACCUCAACAUCAAUACCAAUGACUACAACUAUGGUCAGACCAUCUUCUACCUCUGCUUCUUAUGUGCGGAGCUUCCGUCUCAGCUCAUUAGCAAGAAACUUGGGCCCGACAAUUGGAUUCCUAUUCAGAUGGUAAGCUGGAGUCUCGUGGCUAGUUUACAAGCUUUCCUCAGCGGUCGUAGCUCGUUUUUUGCUUGCCGCGCACUGCUAGGGUUGAUUGAGGGCGGCUUUAUUCCUGACAACAUCCUUUACCUCAGCUACUUCUACACUGGGUGGGAACUACCUGGGCGGUUGAGUUGGUUUUGGGUAAGCUACCAGUCCACGUCAAUCGUCUCCGCCUUUCUUGCCUUUGGAAUUCUGCGCCUACGUGGGCACAAUGGCAUGGAAGGAUGGCGUUGGCUGUUCGCUCUAGAAGGCAUGUUGACAGGCUUGAUCGGUAUAGCAUCAUGGUUCUACUUGCCGCCAAGUCCGACGCAGACUGCAAGCAAGACCUGGAACCCUUUCCGUGGAAAAGAUGGGUGGUUCAAUGAGAGGGAGGAGAAAAUCAUGGUCAACCGCAUCUUGAGAGAUGACCCCAGUAAGGGUGACAUGCACAACAGACAGGGUCUGAGCCUCCGCAUGUUGUGGGAAUGCAUCAAGGACUACCAUAUGUGGCCAAUCUACUUGAUCGGGUUGUCUUGGACGAUCCCAUCCUCACCUUCGACUGCGUAUCUCACGCUCCAGCUUCGGUCGCUCGGCUUCGGUACAUUCGAGACCAACCUACUUACCAUCCCGGCAUACGUACUCUUCAUCCUACAACUCCUGCUAUGGACGUACAUAUCCGAGCGCUUCAAUCAACGCUUCCUCGUCGGCCUUCUCUCUCAGGUCUGGGCUCUUCCACUAGUCAUCGCCCUUGAACUUCUCUCCGCAACCGCGUCUCCGUGGUCACGCUGGGUCCUUUCGACCCUUCUUGUCGGACACCCAUACAUUCACGCUAUCCUUGUCGCCAUUACAUCGCGCAACGCCGGCGCAGUCCGGACUCGUACCGUGGCUAGUGCGCUAUACAACAUGACUGUCCAGGCGAGUAGUAUCAUCAGUCAAAACAUUUACAGAAACGACGACAAGCCGCUUUAUCGUAGGGGAAAUAAGGUUCUGAUCGCGAUUUGCGCAUACAACUUUCUCUUGUUCAUUGGAGCGAAGGUUUACUACGCUACUGUUAACAAGAAGAGGGAUAGGAUUUGGGAAAGCAUGACGAAGGAGGAGAAGGAAACGUAUCUUGAGACGACGAAGGAAGAAGGGAACAAGAGAUUAGACUUCCGGUUUGCGCAUUAG